AUGGCAUGGGAUGUGAACUUUGAGGAUGUGGCCAUUGUCUUAUCUCAGGAGGAAUGGGGGCUCCUUGAUGAGGCUCAGAGACUUCUAUACUGCAAUGUGAUGCUGGAAGUGUUUGCACUUGUGUCAUUUUGUAAUGAAUGUGGGAAGUCUUUCAACCAAAAAUCCACACUUACUAAGCACCUGAGAGUUCACAGUGGCGACAAGCCAUAUGAGUGCUGUGAUUGUGGAAAAUCCUUCAGUGAUAAGUCUUACCUCAAACAACACCAGAGAGUUCACACUGGAGAAAAGCCCUAUAAGUGUAGAGAAUGUGGGAUGUCCUUUCCUAUAAAGGAUCACCUCACUAGACACCUCAGAGUUCACACUGGAGAGAAGCCAUAUGAGUGUACUGAAUGUGGGAAGGCUUUUAGCCAAAAAUCUAACCUUAUUAUACAUCUGAGAGUUCACACUGGAGAGAAGCCAUAUGAGUGUACUGAAUGUGGGAAGUCUUUUAGCCAAAAAUCAAUCCUUACUAAGCACCUGAGAGUUCACAGUGGCGACAAGCAAUAUGAGUGCUGUGAUUGUGGAAAAUCCUUCAGUGAUAAGUCUUACCUCAAACAACACCAGAGAGUUCACAUUGGAGAAAAGCCAUAUGAGUGUGCUGAAUGUGGGAAGGCUUUUAGCAAAAAAUCUAACCUUAUGAUACAUCUGAGAAUUCACACUGGAGAGAAGCCAUAUGAGUGUACUGAAUGUGGGAAGUCUUUUAGCCAAAAAUCAAUCCUUACUAAGCACCUAAGAGUUCACAAUGGCGACUAGCAAUAUGAGUGCUGGGAUUGUGGAAAGUUCUUCAGUAAUAAGUCUAACCUCACUGUACACCUCAGAGUUCACACUGGAGAGAAGCCAUAUGAGUGUACUGAAUGUGGGAAGUCUUUUAGCCAAAAAUCUAGCCAUAAUAGACACCUGAGAGUUCACACUGGAGCGAAGUAUUAAA